AUCAACUCGAAAGAGAAAGUUACACAAAGACUGAAAAACCUUUUUGCAACUGAAAGUUACCGACAGAAACUAUGCCAGCAAUUGGAAUAGAUUUGGGCACGACUUACUCCUGUGUCGGGGUACUUCAGCACGGAAAAGUAGAAAUUAUUGCUAAUGAUCAAGGAAAUAAAACUACUCCCAGCUAUGUGGCCUUUACUGAUAGUGAACGUUUAAUUGGAGAUUCUGCAAAAAAUCAAGUGGCAUUAAACCCACAGAACACAAUUUUCGAUGCUAAAAGAUUAAUUGGAAGGAACUACAAGGAUCAAUCUGUUCAAAGUGAUAUUAAACUAUGGCCAUUUCAAGUAGUUGAAUCUGAUGGAAAGCCUAGAAUUAAAGCUGAAUAUAAAGGAGAAAGUAAGCUCUUUUAUCCGGAAGAAGUUUCAUCAAUGGUUUUAACAAAGAUGAAAGAGACAGCAGAGUCAUAUCUAGGAGAGACUGUGACAGAUGCAGUAAUUACAGUUCCUGCUUACUUUAACGAUGCACAGAGAAGGUCAACAAAGGAUGCUGGAACCAUCGCUGGCUUAAAUGUAUUAAGAAUAAUAAAUGAACCCACUGCCGCAGCAAUAGCUUACGGACUUGAAACAAAAGCUAAUAAUGAAAAACACGUCCUUAUCUUCGACUUGGGUGGAGGAACGUUCGAUGUCUCAAUACUCGCAAUAGACAGUGGCCUUUUUGAAGUAAAGUCCACAGCUGGUGAUACUCAUCUUGGAGGAGAAGAUUUCGAUGAUAGACUGGUUAAACAUUUCAUGGCAGAAUUUAAAAGGAAACAUAAGUUAGACAUAAGCGACAAUAAGAGGUCUCUUAGAAGAUUAAGGACUGCCUGUGAAAGAGCAAAAAGAGCUUUAUCUGCCUCUGUUCAAGCGACGAUAGAAAUCGACUCUCUUUAUCAGGGUAUCGAUUUUCAUUCAACCAUCGGAAGAGCUCGAUUCGAAGAACUUUGUGGGGAUUUAUUCAGAGGAACCUUAGAGCCAGUAGAAAAAGCUUUGAGAGAUGCAAAACUUGACAAAGGAAAAAUCGAUGAAAUAGUAUUAGUUGGUGGAUCAACAAGAAUACCUAAAAUUAGACAACUAUUACAAGACUUCUUUAAUGGUAAACAGCUAAAUCAAUCCAUCAAUCCGGAUGAAGCAGUAGCCUAUGGAGCAGCCGUUCAGGCAGCUAUCCUCUCUGGUGAUAAAAGUGAUGUGGUCCAAGAUGUUCUUCUUAUUGAUGUUACCCCAUUGUCACUUGGCAUAGAAACCGCUGGAGGUGUUAUGACACCCCUAAUGAAACGAGGUACUCGUCUGCCAGCGAAAGAAACUCAGACAUUCAGCACAUAUGUCGAUAAUCAGCCAGGAGUAUCUAUUCAAGUUUUUGAGGGAGAAAGGGCAAUGACAAAGGAUUGUAAUGCCUUGGGAACUUUUGACCUAUCGGGAAUACCACCAGCUCCUAGAGGCGUCCCGCAAGUUGAAGUAACCUUUGAUAUUGAUGCCAACGGCAUUCUCAAUGUAACUGCCAUCGAGAAGGGCACGAUGAACUCCAAGAAUAUCACGAUAAGUAAUAACAAAGGAAGACUCUCCGAAAAAGAUAUAAAGAGUAUGAUAGAUGACGCCGAAAGAUUCAAAGACGAAGAUGAAAAUCAUAGGAAAAGAGUAAGCUCGAAAAAUACUCUUGAAUCUUAUGCAUAUAAUAUGAAACAAACUAUGUCGGAUAAGAAAAUACAAGACAAAAUUAGCCCCCAGGAAAGGGAUCAAGUAACGGAGAAAUGUAAUUAUGUCAUUGAAUGGUUGGAUAACAAUCAAACAGCUGAAAAAGAAGAAUUCGAUCAUCAAAUGAAGGAAUUGGAGUCCUUUUGUAAGCCUAUUAUAACUCGAAUUUAUCAAGGAGCAGAAACAAAUAAUAAUGAAGGAAACGGUCCAAAUAUAGAAGAACUUGAUUAAGCUAAAAUACUAUACAGUAUGAUACUAUAAUGCAUAAAUAACAUAUUUUUCGUAUAUAUUUGAGUGGAAGCCUCUCACUAUUUCAUAACGUUGUGCAAUAUUUAAAAGAUAAAAUGUUUAUGUCUCUUUGUACUACUGCACUCUUUAUAAAAUAUGUAAAUUUUAGUUAUAUGUAUGGUCUUUUUUUUUACAUUUUAAACAAUUAUCUGUUUUUAAAUGUUCUAUUUAUUACAAUAAACUAUUAAACCUAAUUUCAA